AUGUAUAAACAAUCAAUUAGAUCAUUAUACCAUAUAAACAAAAGAUUUAUAUCUAACACAACAGUAAAAUAUGCAAAGGGAGAUCAAUCAACUAUUGAUUCAUUUAGAUUACCUUCACAAACUUCAAUAAAUGAAUGGGAAUUUAAAUAUGAUUUUAUACCUAAAACUUCUGAACCAAAAGUUCCACCAAUUUCAAAAGAAGCAGUUAAACAAGAUAUUGCUCAUGAAAAAGCGAAAGCAGUAGAAAGAGAAUUAUUUACAAAAGAAUCAAAUUCAUCAAUUAAAGUUGAAGCAAAUGAUGCUAAAGUUUUACAUGGUGGUGAACAAGUUGGUGCAGAACCAGAAUAUCAUGAAGAUAAAGGAAGUAAUCCAAUUGAUUCAUCAACCGCAAACAUUUCAACAAAAAAAUCAAAAAAAUCCCCAAAUCAUAACCAAUAUGUUCAAAGUUCAAUAAAUCCAGAAAUAAAUAAUGCAAAUGUUGUUAAUUUAGGUGAUAAUGAAAUUGAUCAUAAAACUGAACAAGUAAGUAAACAAUCACCAAUAGUUGAAGAUAUUGAACAUGAUAAUUUACAUCAUGAAGGACAAAAAGCACCAGAGGAUCCAAAAUCAAAUAAUAAUGGAAUUUAUGGAAUUUUAGCUUUAUUAGGUUUAGGUGGUGGAGGAUAUUGGUAUUAUUCAUCCACUCAAGCAAAAGCUAAGAAAUGA